AUGUAUGGAGGAGGUAAUUAUUAUGCAGACGAGGUAUCUGGAAUAGUGCUUGAUAUUGGCUGCCAUCUUACACGAGCAGGCUAUGCAGGCGAAGACACACCAAAAGUUGUCAUUCCUUCAGUAAACCCUAAUUAGUACAUUGGAAUGAUUGAAAAUCCUGACCCAAACCAAAUGGAUGUUGAAGGUAUCGCACCUUUCGCGGGCGAAAAAAUCAUGAAAUACCGCGACUUUAUGAAAUUAGAACAAGUCUUCGCCGAAGGCGGAGACAAAUCAGAAAAACUCGAAGAAAUCUGCAGAGAAGCCAUAGAGAACGAGCUAAAACUCAAUCCAAGAGAGCAUCCAUUUUUGCUAUCAGAGCCAAGCAUCCAUGACCGAGAAUCCCGUGUCGCUUUAACAGAAAUGAUGUUUGAGAAGUUCCAGAUCCCUGCAUUUUACAUAGUAAAAAGUGCAGUACUUUCGUCAUUUGCAUCAGGGAGAUCUACAAGUUUAGUCCUAGAUUCAGGCGCUUAUACAACCUGGGCAGUCCCAGUGCACGAUGGGUAUGUACUUCAAAAAUCUAUUGUGAAAUUCAAUAUUGGAGGGGAAACCAUCACAGAUGUUUUGCUUAACCAUUUAGUAAGUCUGGGGGUAAACAUAAGGCCACAUUACACUUUUAAUAAAACAGUCAAGUGCUUUGUGGAAGGUGGCGAAGUGCAAGGAAACCCUGAGUUCACGCUUGAAGAUAUCCCACGCCCAAAUGUGGACCCAUCAUAUCAAGAUUUCAGCAUAAGGGAAAUCGUCAGAGAUAUAAAAGAAACAACUUUUAAGGUCAGUGACAACACAUUUUCAGAGACUUCUUUCGCAAAUGUGCCUUCAUCAAGCUAUGAGCUGCCUGAUGGCACACAAGUUCAGCUUGGGAAUGAAAGAUAUAGAAUUCCUGAGCUGCUGUUUUCCUCAGGUAUAGAAGGAGUUAUUGGGUUUUCAGGGGUCCAUCAAAUGGUUUAUGACUCAAUUACAAGGUGUGAUAUGGACAUCAGAAGAGAAUUAUAUGGAAAUGUCGUGGUUACUGGCGGGAAUUCACUUUUUGGAGGCUUUACAGAUAGAUUACACAAAAAAUUGACAGAGCUUACAACCCAGAACAUGAAAGUAAAAUUAAUUGCCCCUCAAAGCACCAUUGAAAGAAGAUUCAGCUCAUGGAUCGGAGGGUCAAUUUUAGCCUCUUUGGGGAGCUUCCAACAGAUGUGGAUGUCGAAACAAGAGUAUGACGAGCAUGGAGCUAUUUUAAUUGAAAGAAAGUGCCCAUAA